AAGUUAAUUCGUGAAAGCUAUAAAUAUGCUGACAGACUUUCUAAUUAUUUAGAAGAUAUUGAAAUCAUAAGUAUUGCGAAUAGAUCAGAUAUUUGUAAAAAGUUUUCUAUUACUGUGGGAUCUGUCAUCGAAGAUGGGGUGAGCUUAUUCACUCUUAAAAAAAAUAAACGAUCAUUGCUCCAGAAUUUAAUCAAAAUGAAGUAUUCUAGUGAUAACUUGUUUAUACUCAUAGGAAUAACUUGGGAGCGUGCUUUAUGUGAUGUAUUCACCAAAACAAACGCUUUAGAACCAGAACAUAUAUUAGCUCUAGCACAA